AUGUCUUUGCCGCAAAGGCCUGGCAAGGCCUCGCCCCGGCGUGAGGAGCGCAGCGCCUUUCGCGAGCCCUCUCACCGUCGGCGACACCGAGACCUCGACCCUGGUCAUUACAGCGACAACCCAACUUCUCCGUCCUCCCACCGACACCACCGUCGCCGAUCGCAAAGUCACCGCAGGGCCGCCGAGACGGAUGAGGAAAGAAUGGAGCGCGGCGGCGACGUGAAGCGCAAGAAGAGCCUGAUCAAGCCAGAACGGCGCCACAUGGACCGGGAUCACCCCAAUUAUCAUUACCGACAGCGAUCUCACCGUAUGCCCGUCCACCCGUCCUCCACGGGCGAUGACCCCCUGCUCGACCGCGACCCCGAGGCCGAGACAAACAGCUCCAAGAGCAUAGAUUCGAAAUCGAAGGAGCAGCUGUAUGGCGCGCACGGGAAUGUGAAUAAACCCAUGGACCGCGCGCCGAGUCGGCAUCGAUCGAAAAAGAAGAAGAGAUCUUCUCACCGGGGGUCGAAGAGCGGCGCGUCCGCAGAGGAAAGGAGACGACAGAAAGCAAUGUAUGCAGCACGGCCGCCAGACUUGUGGACAACGUAUUGUGCCUUGGUCAGUUGCUUGGUGCCUGACUUUGUGCUGAAAUGCUUUGGUAUGCCGCAGAAGGAGCAGCGGACUGCCUGGCGAGAGAAGAUCGGCCUGAUCAGUUUGAUUCUCAUGAUCGCCGCCUUUGUGGGUUUCCUGACCUUCGGUUUCACGGCCGUGGUCUGCGGGACACCCCCUGUUCGUCUGAAGGUCAACGAGGUAGGGAGUGGAUAUAUGAUUUUCCAUGGCAAGGCCUACGACUUGACCAGAUCGAAACACCCUGAGGCCGAGGGCAUUCCGGCUGACACCAACGUCUUGUAUGAUCUUCCACACAAGUACGGUGGCCAGGAUGGCAGCUUCUUCUUCCAACAAGUCAACGGUGCUUGCAAGGGACUUAUCACCGCCAAGGACGGCGGUGGUGUCCCUACUAAUUCCAAGGGAGACCUUGGUUGGUAUUUCCCUUGCACAGCGUUCAACCAGGACGGCUCCUCCGAGCCCAAUUUCACGACCUCCUACUACGAUGGCUGGGGCUGCCAUACUAGUGCGUCCGCCCGGGACGCCUUUUACGAGCUGAACGGGUCUGGCGAUGUAUACUACACUUGGGAGGAUACGAAGAACAAGAGCCGAAACCUUGCCGUGUAUUCUGGCAAUGUUCUCGAUCUGGAUCUUCUGCGGUGGUUCAACACUGACCAGGUGGAAUACCCGGCUGAAUUUGAUGAGCUGCGCCAGAACUCUGCUGUUCGUGGUGUCGAUCUCACCUACUAUCUUCAAAGUGGAGAUCAGAAGAAGAUUGGCAAGUGUCUCACCCAGAUCAUCAAGGUGGGUAGCAUUGACACGGACACCGUCGGUUGUAUUGCGUCCAAGGUCGUGCUUUACGUCUCUUUGAUCUUCAUUCUGUCCAUCGUCGUCGUCAAGUUCGCCUUUGCCCUGCUCUUCCAAUGGUUCUUGGCUCCCCGCUUCGCCGCCCAGAAGACCAGCAUGGCUUCCGAUGCCCGUACACGCAACCAGCAGAUCGAAGACUGGUCUAACGAUAUUUAUCGACCUGGUCCUCGAGUUGCAGACCCCCCGGUUCCUGAGCGUGUCAGCAAGCGCGCCAGUUUCUUGCCUACUACGUCUCGCUUCUCCAGCCCCUAUGUGGUUGGCAGCACCGGCACCGGAAAGCAAAACAGGCAACAUGUCACCAUGGCCAGCCAGAACUCGACCUCUCGACUCAUGCCCGGUUCCGCCAACAGCAAUCCCAUGUACAAACUCAGCCAUAAUAGCAGUGGUGGAACUCUCAGCGUCGAUGCCCGUCAUAACCCUGGUGCAAGUCGAACCAGCCUCGUCGGCAACGGGCAGCAAGAACCCGGCUUUUCGACGGUUAUCUCUGAAUCUGAGGGCCCUGGACCCGCUGGCUUCAUUCACGAAUCUGUUGUUCCGCAGCCUCCACCUGACUGGCAACCUUUUGGUUAUCCAUUGGCCCACGCGCUUUGCAUUGUCACUUGUUACUCUGAAGGUGAGGAGGGUAUUCGGACGACUAUUGACUCGAUUGCCAUGACCGACUACCCGAACAGCCACAAGACCAUCCUGGUUAUUUGUGACGGAAUGAUCAAGGGUAAAGGUGAAGAGUUCUCGACUCCGGAAAUCGUGCUUGGCAUGGUCAAGGACCACGUUGUUCCCCCAGAGGAAGUCCAGCCCUUCUCCUACGUCGCCGUUGCCACUGGAUCUAAGCGUCACAACAUGGCCAAGGUUUACUCCGGUUUCUAUGACUACGGCGAGACCUCCAUGAUUCCUCCCGAGAAGCAGCAGCGCGUGCCUAUGAUGGUUAUCGUCAAGUGCGGUACCCCCGCUGAAGCCACCCAGUCCAAGCCCGGUAACCGUGGUAAGCGUGACAGUCAGAUUAUCCUGAUGUCGUUCUUGCAAAAGGUCAUGUUCGACGAGCGUAUGACUGAGCUCGAGUUUGAGAUGUUCAAUGGCAUGUGGAAUGUUACGGGAAUUCCGCCGGAUUUCUACGAAGUUGUUCUCAUGGUCGAUGCCGAUACAAAGGUGUUCCCGGAUAGUUUGACGCAUAUGAUUUCCGCGAUGGUCAAGGAUCCCGAGGUCAUGGGUCUUUGCGGAGAAACAAAGAUUGCCAACAAGACUGACAGCUGGGUUACGAUGAUUCAAGUUUUCGAAUACUUCAUUUCUCACCACCAAGCCAAGUCUUUCGAGUCCGUCUUCGGUGGUGUCACCUGUUUGCCCGGUUGUUUCUCGAUGUACCGUAUCAAGGCUCCCAAGGGUGGACAGAACUACUGGGUGCCUAUCCUGGCCAACCCGGACAUUGUCGAGCACUACUCUGAAAACGUGGUUGACACCCUGCACAAGAAGAACUUGCUUCUUCUUGGUGAGGAUCGAUACCUGACCACCCUGAUGCUGAAGACCUUCCCCAAGCGCAAGCAGAUUUUCGUCCCACAGGCCGUCUGCAAAACAGUCGUCCCAGACAAGUUCCUGGUCCUGCUCUCCCAGCGUCGUCGCUGGAUUAACAGUACCGUGCAUAACCUUCUUGAACUGGUGCUCGUGCGCGACCUCUGCGGAACAUUCUGCUUCAGCAUGCAAUUCGUCAUCUUCAUCGAGCUGAUCGGUACUCUGGUCCUCCCCGCCGCCAUCGCCUUCACCAUCUACGUCGUUAUUUCCUCCAUCGUCCGCAAGCCUGUCCAGGUGAUCCCCCUGGUCCUGCUCGCCUUGAUUCUCGGUCUCCCCGGUGUUCUCAUCGUGGUCACCGCCCACCGUCUCGUCUACGUCCUCUGGAUGCUGAUCUACCUGCUUUCCCUGCCAAUUUGGAAUUUCGUCCUGCCAACGUACGCGUUCUGGAAAUUCGACGACUUCUCCUGGGGCGAUACCCGCAAGACAGCCGGUGAAAAGGAUAAGGGUCACGGCGCGGCUGAAGGUGAAUUCGACAGCACGCAAAUCACCAUGAAGCGUUGGCGCGACUUUGAGAAGGAGCGCCGUAUGCGGAAUAAUGGCUGGACUCAGCCGCAGCAGACGCAUGCCUCUGGCGGUAUGAACGGGUAUCCGAAUAAUAAUUACGAGGCGUACUCGGAUUAUUAGAAGCGGGUCCAGCAUUCACGCCUCUCAUUCUCGAAGGACCCGACCGUCCUUGUUUAUUUUUUUGGUUUCUUGUUGCGUGUUACUUUAUUUUGACUGUGAUUUAUUUUUGCCUUUUACAUACCAUUUUCCAUACCAUCGUACGUACCAUAUGAAGCACUUGAGGUUGACAUUCUCGGGAUGGCGUUUUCGAUAUUGUCUGUCCUUUGCUUUGGAUUUGUACUUAAUCUGCAGACUAAUAUUGAACUUGGGAAUGAUUUUGGUG